AUGCACAGGACCCACCGGACGGGCCGGCCCAAGAAGUCGGCCGGGUUCCAGCCGCCAGCGCCGGUGGGACGGCUGGCAAACCUUAAGGACCAGGGAGGAACCCCGCUGUUUCCCCAGGAACGCAAAUUGUACGACACGUUCAUGGCCUCCGACAUAUGUGCUUGUGAAUGCUAUGUUCAGAAAGCUGCCGACUCGUGCAUAGCAGAUGAAUUAUUUCAUUCUUCGUCCCGUCUCAAGGCCUGGUCGUAUGCACGGCAGAAGCUGCAGCUUGACGUCGAAAGAGCGGUGGGGGAGAAGUGA